UUAUGAACGGUGAUUGACAACAACAAACUUUAAAUGAAUAGGAUAUACUAGCCUUCUUUCUGAAACGUCAAAUCCAUUGACUCGUGCAAUAACUGCAUACUUUACUCACAACUGUCUUCUUGUUCGGACGUGUCUGCUGCGCCGCCUUCUGGUUACCAGCUAUCUACGGUUGGGUCUCACACCUUGCAUGACCGAAAAUAGCAUUGAGGCUUUGCAUGUUUCACAAUGCUCUGGGGGUAUUGUCGCUGAUCAUACAAAGCCUAACCCCUCAUAUCGCAGCAUUACCGUGGAAGAAGUCCUGCAGCCGUAAUCCCCCGAGUUUCGAUUCGAGGCACGUGAUUGUUAGCAGAGUUGACUGUACUUGCUCAGUCAAAACGCCAAGCCAUGUCGAAUGAGCCUGAUAGCACAGAUGCAACCAAGUCUGCGACAGAAACCCCGGGCAUACAGUGGCAAUUUAUCGAUGCUUCCAACAAUAGCCGGAGCAACUUGACGCAAGUCAAGCGCCAUGUGAUGCAACAGUACAUACGACAAAAACGUGCUUCAGACCAGCCUGGUAAUGACGCCGAAAAGCCGGUGGCAGAAAGCCACAAUGCGCCACGGAAAGCUACUCGACGCUCUAGAAAGGCUAGAGCUUCUGCAGAUGACACGACUGAAAAAAGGAAGGAAGACGACCAUAUCCCGAGGCAAAAGAGUUGGUGGCCCUCAUCAGCACAAAAGUCCGAUAUCAAAAUUGUCCAGGACCAGGAGGCUAGUGAUGAUUUCGUGGAGGAGAUUGAACGAGAUUUCAUUCCCGGAGUCACGAGCUAUACAGGUGCUGGACAUGCAUCCUUACCUACCAAUGCCUUCUUUCAGCCUCACGGCUAUCCGCUCUGGCCUUUAGACAAAUAUGCACCUGGAAGUCAGAGUAGUGGCUCAGAAUCCAGCAGUUUGUCUCCAUGGUCAUCUACCCCAACAUCUCCGUCUGACAUCAUGCUUUCCCCCAAAACUAUUCUCAGCGCGGCACGAACCGACCCCUUUAAUACCCUCCCGAUGGAACUGGAUGCUGAAGGCCAAAGGUUAUUUGAUUUUUAUGUCAAUGAGAUGCCCGCUUGCUCCUACGGUAAUCACUUCCGCUCCUCCAAGGCCCAUAACUGGUACACGGCGGUCUUUGUCCCCGAGGGUAUGAAAGGUGCUGUCGCAUUCCAAAACACUAUCCUUGUACAUGCAGCGAACACCUGGGCCUGGGUGCGGAAUGAGGAGGAGACCGAUUACACCCUUGUUCACCGCAACCGCGCAAUCUCCAUGCUUCGAGACCACAUGACAAACAAUCCGGGCGAUAUUUCCGAUGUUGCAAUCAUCGCUUGUCUCAGCGCUGCCGGUCUUGAGGACUUUGACCCUCGUCCAGGGCACAAACAAAUUAGCUGGGUCCACAUGCGGGCUGCGAGGGAAAUGAUCCGUGCCCGAGGGGGGCCGGCGGCCUUCGAGAACACGCGGCUGGGGAUGUUAAUAAACUGGCAGGAUUAUAUCCUAUCCGGGUAUGAAACAAACGGACCGAGCUUUUUCUUCGAAUAUAACCCUCCAGUUAAACCUUUUACUGGCCAAGGCCAAUGGCAAGGCCCUGUCACAAGAGCUUUUAAUGUAGCUCCUCCCCCCCCGUCCAGACCGUUAAUAUCGCCUGGAAAUACCUUGUCUCCCUCAGGGUUAAGCGGUUAUUCGUUAUCUUUCCCUUCACCAGAAGAUGAGAUCAGACAUCAGUGCGACGAGUUCUUCGAUUUCCUGAAGCGUUGUGAGCAGCUCUCUGUCUACCAUCGGGCCAAUCCCGGCAAGGCCUCAGCACCAAUGCGCUACACGGCGUUUCAGGGAACAUCGCUCCUGAAUAAUAUCCUUGCCGCACCACCCGGCCUCCGAUUUACCGCUUCAGGGAACCGUAAACAGUUCGUCGCGCGACUAGUUGCACUAAUCAUGCUUAACGCCGGUCUUUGGGAUUACCGACUAUCCGCACAACAUACGGACACCUUCCUUUGGACGUUGGAGCAAGCGGUACUAGCAAGCGAGGUUGAGACAAGUGGAUCCGUCGAAGCACUCCUCCAGAUCAUGCUAGAAUGCAACGAUGGUGUCGCGCCAGCAGAUACAUUCUCUAUACCCCUGGGGACCCAAGGCAUGCCAGACUUCGCGCAGUACUCUCCUACUGCGAAAACGCAAUAUGGGCGACCUUGGUUUGCUGGUCGAAUGCUCAAGGUUGCGAAGCGGCUUAGCCUGAACUCAUGGAUGAUUGUUCACGAUUUUCUCUUUUCAUGUUUGACGUUACAUCUUGAGACCUCGGUGUCUUUCUGGGAACGCGAUUUGCGGCAGGAGAUCCUUAGUGCGCCUCUAACGAGCUAUACCAUGCCUGCAUUAGCAGAGUGAUCGCAUCGCUCGAUCUUUGUUGGCUUUGGCGUACAUUUUCCAAUAUGGAGUUGCCUUUUAGUGGCUGGGCUUUGUUUUUAUGUUUGGGGGGAGAGGACUUGGUAAAGUAAAUAUUGAGGCUUGGUUUUAGGAUACCCUUCUAUG